UUGGCCGGCUGCGUGUCUCGUGCGCGUUCUCGCGCCUUGGGUAGAAUUCUCGAGCCACGGCGGUUAAGGAACUGGGCGUGUCUGAGUCUUAUUCGUGAGUUUGGCGCGAGCUUGUGAGGGUGACGUGUCCUGCCGCUGACCAAUCGGAGCGAGCAGAGGAGGUGGCAGAAUGUGCCUCGCCCCCUCGCUCUUCCCUCAUGCCCGUAUUGGGCGGAGCCGGCGCUGGCCUGGCAGUGAUGGCGGACGAUGGAGAUGGGAAACUAAGAACUGAGGGUAGCAGCGGUGGUGUCCUGGGGGGCGGGGGCGCAGAGGAGCCGCCCCCGGCGGCGGCGGGAGGCUGGGCUGUGGGUGGCGAGAUGCUGCUGAACGUGGGGCUGCUGGCGCUGGUGCUGCUGGCGGCCUAUCGGCUCUACCUGCGCUGGGGGAAGCGGAGCGGCCCGGGGGGCGCGGCCCAGCAGAGCCAGGCCGCCUCCCUGCCCCGAAUGAAGCGGCGGGACUUCACGCUGGAGCAGCUGCACGAGUACGACGGGGCCCGCACCCCUCGCAUUCUACUGGCCGUCAACGGCAAAGUCUUCGACGUGACCAAAGGCAGCAAGUUCUACGGGCCCGAGGGUCCAUAUGGAAUAUUUGCUGGCAGAGAUGCCUCCAGGGGACUAGCAACUUUCUGUCUAGAGAAAGAUGCACUCAAAGAUGAAUAUGAUGACCUAUCGGACUUAAAUGCUGUACAAAUGGAAAGUGUUAGAGAAUGGGAAAUGCAAUUUAAAGAAAAAUAUGACUACGUAGGUAGACUCCUAAAACCAGGGGAAGAACCAUCAGAAUAUACAGAUGAGGAGGAUAUCAAGGAUCACACUAAACAGGAUUGAACUUUGUAAAAAAACCAAAGUCGGGGCCUUCAGAACUGCAACCUCUUAUUUUCCCCAUCAUAAUGUCCUGCAUCUUUGGGUACAGUUCAUCUGCUGCAAAAAAAACAUUCAACAGGUUUUGUACAAAGAAAAUAACACAAAUGAUUUGAAUACUAGGCAUUAUUUGUGCUGCAAAACUUUUUGUUGCAGUUUAUUUGUAAUGUGUUGUAAGGCUUCAUUUAUGAGAAGAGGCCAGGGAUGUAAAAGGUGUAAAAAAAAAAAAAAAAAAACACCCUACUCCUUGCGAUCACAUAGUCCAUACUUACAGGCUCUAAGCAAGUUUUUUUAAGAAAAUGACAGGUUGAGUUUUGUUUCACACGUUUUCUCCUUCCGCAUUAAAAAAUAUUUACUCAUGUACAUCAAUACUAGAAGUCUGGGCCACUGCAACUGGUGUUAAAAUGUGAAUUUCCAAAUUUGUUUUGUAUGGAGGCAGUACUAGCCCUGGCAGAAAAACUUCAGUUUUCUUGAGACAUCAUUGCAGAUUUGAAGGACAUAUAAGUGAUCUCUCUCUCAAAAGGAUCUGGCAAAACUAUCAGCUGAAGCCUGCCUUUUACCUGUCCCCUAAAUCAAAUAUUAAUUGUGCCUUAUUUCACUUAAAUAGACUUGAAUUGUUUUAAGGGAAAGCCCCCAAUCUGUGGUUUCAUAGGCACCAUUAAGACUGAAAUUAAAAUGUUCUAUUGACUAGCAAACCUUAUUGUCAUUCUGUAUAUAGAAUGGAAAAGGACUACUCAGUGUUACUGCCAUAUGUUAAUAUACAUAAACUUAAUUAGCAUUGUGAUGGCCAAAUGCAUUCCCUCAUGCUUCCUUUUAAAUAAACCGCCCCCCCCCCCAACUCCCAGGAGCCUAGCCUUCACAACGCUGUAGUGAGGGUGUGUGCGUGUCUCUCUGGGUGGGUGUCUGACUGCAAGACUUGGGAGGGAUUAUUUCUGCAGAUACUGUAAAUACAAGUACCAUUUUAAUAAAGCAUGUACAAUACCAAA